AUGAAAGCAUCACUUGCAUCAAUAUAUGCCUUGAUCGGGUUAGUGACCUCUACUGUUGCUGCUCAAGCCCUAAGAGAUUGCUAUGUUGGAUCCGCCCCCUUUUGCAACAACUCACUUGCUUCGGACACAGCUUGUCGAGGUCUCGAGGUCACUACAGCUGAUGGCUGGAAACGCAUGGAUUGUGAUUAUGUACUCUACAAUAUCCCAGCAACAGGUGUCAGCACCUCUAAAUGGCUUGUGAUUCACGCUGGAGGCUGUGAUACAUUCACUGCAGAGCUGGGUGACUUCUUCGCACCCGACUUGGGUCUCAACAUAUGGGGAUUACGGCCAUGCGGUGGACAUGGCCUUGGUCUCAACCCACCUGCACUGGUAGACAUUUAUCACACUCCAGGCACCACCAUGCUAUUCUUACACGAGUACGGUGACACCAACAAAAGCUACAAUUGGUUCUCGGCAGAUGGCUGCAAUAGCACAAGCAAACCAAUGUAUAUGUGCGUCGGUGCGCUCGAUCCCAACUUUGACACCAAGUUCAAUGCGAUCAAAUCAGUCCUACAAACCGGAUUUAGCAACACGAAAAGUUUUCCAUGUAAGCUGGAGGUCAUAAGUGCAAUGCCUUAUGCGCAGGACGCAGAUCCGACAAUUCCAUGUACGGGGAUUCUUCGAGAAUAUAAUAACCCGGCCAUUGUCGGGGGUGACACUUCUGGCUCUCCAAACUGGGCAUGGGAAAUGCCGGUAUUCAUGACACAGGCCAUUCUACUUGCGACACAGGUGGACCCAGAUGGGCCAGUCGUAAAUGCUUUCCGUGCAGCGAUAGAGAUAGCCCUAUCAUGA